AUGGAUAAAGUCUGUUUACGGACCCUGAUCAGCAGGCUUGUGGAAUUGGUUGUGGUCAAAGAGCCUCAAGAUGAAAGGUCAUCUGGUGAAAGGAAGGAUGGAAAGAAAAAAUUUGAUAAAGAAAGUGAGAAAUACUAUUCUAUAUUGGAGAAGCAUUUGAAUCUGUCAUCAAGGAAAAAAGAAGCACAUUUACAAGAGGCUGAUACACAAAUUGACAAGGAGCGGCAGAAUUUUUAUGAAGCUUCAUUGGAAUACGUGUUCAAAGUUCAAGAAGUUCAGGAAAAGAAGAAAUUUGAGUUUGUUGAACCUUUGUUGGCAUUUCUUCAAGGGUUAUUCACAUUCUACCAUGAAGGCUAUGAGCUUGCACAGGAAUUUGCUCCAUACAAACAGCAGCUACAGUACAAUCUUCAAAAUACCAGAAAUAAUUUUGAAAGUACAAGGCAGGAAGUAGAAAGACUGAUGCAGAGAAUGAAGUCAGCCCCUCAGGAUUACAAGCCACCUGGUCAAUGGACAAUGGAGGGAUAUCUGUAUGUGCAGGAAAAACGACCCCUUGGAUUUGCAUGGAUAAAGCACUACUGCACCUAUGACAAAGCGACAAAAGCAUUUUCAAUGACAUUAUGUGAACCAAAGUCAGGGGGAAAAUUGAAUGGCCUUGUAACAGCUUCAGAAAUAUUCAAACUGAAGUUUUGCAUUCGAAGAAAGACGGACUCGAUUGAUAAACGCUUCUGUUUUGAUAUUGAAGUCGUGGAAAGGCAUGGCAUUGUAACACUACAAGCUCAGUCUGAAGCCAACAGAAAACUUUGGUUAGAAGCAAUGGAUGGAAAAGAGCCAAUAUACACUCUGCCACCUCUUAGCAAGAAAGAAGAAUGUAUUAAUGCCAUGGGACUGUACAGAAUGAGUGGAGUAAAUUCCAAAGUGCAGAAGCUAAUGAAUACUGUAUUUGCACCUAAAGCACCACCUGACAUGGAACUUGAUAGUGAAUUGUGGGAUAUGAAGACAAUUACAAGUGGCCUUAAAACUUAUCUCAGAUGCCUUGUGGAACCAUUGAUGACUUAUAAACUGCAUAAGGAUUUAAUUGCAGCUGUUAAAUCAGAUGACCAAAAUUACAGAGUCCGUGCUGUUCACGCAUUGGUUUAUAAAUUGCCAGAAAAGAACAGGGAGAUGCUUGACAUUUUGCUGAAACAUUUGGUGAAAGUAUCCACUCACAGUCAAAAGAACCUGAUGACUAUAUCCAAUUUGGGUGUGAUUUUUGGUCCAACACUAAUGAGAUCCCAAGAGGAGACUGUAGCAGCAAUGAUGAACAUUAAAUUUCAGAACAUUGUGGUUGAGAUUCUGAUCGAGAAUUAUGAAAAGAUAUUGCAUACUCUACCUGAUCCAAAUGUUCCUCUUCCUCAACCCGAGCAGAGAUCGGGGUCUAGGCGAAGCAAGGCAACUUGCCUGUCAACAGGCCCAAGAAGACCCAAAGCCAUCUACAGCCCAACAUUGUGUCUGGCUGACGCAGACAGUGAUGCUUCCAGCAGCAGCCCAGACAGUACACCGAUGGGAAGCAUAGAGUCUCUAUCGUCUCAUUCCUCAGAGAUAAACAGUUCCUCGAAAACCGGCUCUUCUCAGCGUCAUUUGCAAAGGGAGAUAGGAGAUAGUGGAAUACCAUGGGUGUCAGCACCUGCCUCACUGCCUGGACAAAAGGGCACAAUUGUCUGGACCACUAGCCCAGAAUCAAGCUCCAGUGAAGAUACUGUUAAAACAGAUGGUCAGGCAGAUUCUCAGAGUUUGUUGUCUGUUACUAAUGUAGGAAAUACAUCUCAGACAUUAAACCUAUGCAGUGAGGGAUCCUAUAAAUACACUGGACUUAAAAGAUCAAUAACAACUUCUCUAACAUCUCUCCCUACAACCGAUGGUACUAAUACUAGAACUUUCAGCAGUUCUGUUCAGAAUCUUUCUUCAAUGGAUUUCAAAGAUACACCCAAAACUGCAUCUAAUCCAGCACUUCCUCCAAAAGUGACUAUUAGACGAAGACUAGACACAUCAACAAGCAAUGGCUAUCAGAAACCUGGAUCAGUAGUUGCAUCCAGAGCUCAGUUGUUUGAAAAUAUUGGUACUGCUAAACCAAAUUCAUCCAAAUGCCAAGCCAAAGCUAUGUAUGCUUGUAAAGCUGAGCACAGCCACGAACUUUCUUUCCCACAGGGAGCAAUGUUCACUAAUGUACAUGCAUCAGUGGAACCAGGUUGGCUACAAGGAACAUAUGAAGGGAAAACAGGACUGAUCCCUGCAAAUUAUGUUGUCUUUCUUUGAUAACUGCUAGCAAGACUAGAACAUCUCCAUGGUAUCCAUGGUGAACAAAAUGGCACAAACUGAAAAUGCUAUAUUCCAGAACAGCUAAACAGAUGUCAGACAGUCAGAAGUGAUGGAAUAUCUGUAUCUGCAGAGUACAUACCUUUUUACGGUGUGGAAUAUAGGAUUGAAGUCUGCAUCAAUAACUGUUCUCUUUAAUAAAAUCACUCAUCUUAUUAUCCAUAGUUAUUGAUACCAUUCAUUUUACAAAGUUGCAAAUGGAAAAGAUAGUUGAAUUUCAGUAUAUAUAGAUGUGCAUAUAUGUUUUAAAAAAACUAUGGUAUUUUCAUUUAAAGACUCCCUGUUUUAAGUACCAAAUAUUGGAUAUGGGUUAUAUCACAACAGUAUGACCAGUGGAGGUCUUAUUUCAUUGAUAUCUGUUUAUUUCCAUGAAAAAUGUCACAUUGGAUGAAGAAAGGAGAAAUGUAUACAUGUUGAAUGAUCUCAGCCUGCUGUCUUCCUCUGUAGCAAAUGUGAGGCUGCCAUACCAAAUUUAUAAUGCCAAAGUACAUAAGGACUAAUGAAUCAAUUGACACCAAAGUUUUGAGACAGUGAUUUUUCCAAGUCUCCAGUGUUGUGUUGAUCUCAGAUCAUCUGCAAAAACCUCAAGCCUUCCCUGGGCAUAUCCAAUUUUCCAACAAUCAAGUAUUGAUUAUAAUCUAAUUGUUGCAUAUAGGAAAACUACACAGUACUUUUUACAUAAUUUUAGUUUCUCUUGUAUCAAAGUAAUGUUGACAUAUUUGUGUAGUUGUUAUAUAUAUGACUAUUGAUAAUUCUGCUACAAAUCAAAAAUUACUUUAUUUCUGCUACAUAGAUUUGAAAUAUAAUGUUUUUGGGGCAAAUAAUUGGAUCAACAAAAUUUUAGAUUUUUCUCAAAAAAGACACUGCCAAGCUUUAUGAAAAAAAGUCAGAGAGAGAGAGAGAGAAUUGUUGUAGCCUUGAGGACAAACCGCACUUUUUACUCUAAUUUUAUUUUAUUCCAGUACACUGGUGUAUUGGCAUCUUUUCUUAAAUAUCAAUUUGUUUUCAUUAAGUAUAUAUCAUACAGUGGUUACAUUGAUAGUUGAAACUAUAUAAUGUCAAAUAGUUUAGUUGGUUUUAGUAUAUUUAAUUAUUAAUAUCUAUUACAAAAUGCUAAAUGAGUUCAACUGAAUGUUUUGUGUUCAUUCAAAAUUCUUAUCAUAAAAUUCCCUGGCUGUACCAAGAACUUAGUAUACCGUCUACACAAUGUUACUAUUAUUUUUAAUGGACUUGUAUUUGUGGUACAAUAUAUUAAAAAUAGACAUAUUUAAAGACUGAAGAAUGAUAGAAUGAGUAGAAAUUUACAGUCAAAUGAUUUUGGGCCAAUUUGUAUACUUUGGAAUAAUGUGAAUGCUGAUACUACAUGGAAAAAUGCACGUUAAUCACUACAGUGGUCACAAGAAAGGAUUUUUUGUGUGGAAGCAAAAUAAAUUAUAUUUAGCUACA